AUGGGCUGCUCCAGCACAAAGGCGUUCGAAGGCCCACCGCCGCAGGAGUUCGGCCAUGCCUGGGCGACUCUUCCCAAGGAACUCGUCGCCAAAGAACGUGCCAAAAGCGCCAUCAAAGACAAGAAGAGUGAGGCCAUCCAUGCGACAUCCUCGUGGGAUAACCUUUGCACGGAGGAUGGCGAGCUAGUGCAGCCGGAACGGAAACUUCACGACCGGCAUCUACGGAAGCUCAACAAGUUCUUGCACACUAUAGAAAAGGAUCCGAAGGCCUGCUCCCAAUGGUCAUCUCGUCUUGCAUUAAGAUGUCUUGCACUAUGCACAUGGGCUUAG